CUCAACCAACCUCCCUCUCUUCUCUCUCUUUCUCUCUGUGAUUGAUAUACUCCCCCCAUGCUCCUCCCGCUCCUGUGAUGAAGCCAAUGGCCACCAAUGGCAUGGCCCCCUCCUUCUUCCCCGCAAACUUCCUGCUCCAAAUGCAGCAGCCCCUCCCUCACCACCCCCAGCAGCAGGAACACCACCACCACCACCACCACCACCACCAUGAUGCCGGCCACGAGCACGAGGCGCACCAUCUCCUCGCUCCUCCUCCCCCCGCCCUCGUCAGCCCCUUCCUCCACGACUUCGGCGCCGCCAUGGCCGCGCCGCCAAUGCUGGCCGGCGGCGGCGGCCUCGGCAAGCGCAUGUACCCCGACGGCGUGGGCGGCGACGACAGCAACCUGCACGCGGCGGAUCCACAGCAGCAGGACGGUGGCGCCGCGUCGGACGACGAGGAAGGUUCCGCCGCGGCGGGCGGCGGGUGCGGCGGGGAGCGGAAGCGGAGGCUGAGCGUGGAGCAGGUGCGCACGCUGGAGCGGAGCUUCGAGGUGGCCAACAAGCUGGAGCCGGAGCGGAAGGCGCAGCUGGCCCGCGCGCUGGGGCUGCAGCCCCGGCAGGUGGCCAUCUGGUUCCAGAACCGGCGCGCGCGGUGGAAGACGAAGCAGCUAGAGAAGGACUACGACGCGCUCCGCCGCCAGCUCGACGCCGCCCGCGCCGAGAACGACGCCCUCCUCGCCCACAACAAGAAGCUCCACGCCGAGAUCAUGGCGCUCAAGGGAGGCGGAAGCGGCGGCGGAGGGAGGCAGGAGGCGGCGUCGGAGCUCAUCAACCUCAACGUCAAGGAGACGGAGGCGUCAUGCAGCAACCGCAGCGAGAACAGCUCCGAGAUCAACCUCGACAUCUCCAGGCCACCGGCGCCGGCGGCCGCCGACGAGAGCCCCGCCGCCAUGAACAGCCACCGCGGCCUCCCGUUCUACGCCUCCGCCGCCGUCGACCAGCUCCUGCACAACGGCCACCCGUCCCCGGCCGCGGCGCCCAAGAUGGAGCUCGGGCACGGCGCCACCGCCGACACGCCCUCCGCCACGGCGGGCGGCAGCUUCGGCAGCCUCCUGUGCGGCGCCGUCGUCGACGAGCAGCCGCCGUUCUGGCCCUGGGCCGACGGCCACCACAACUUCCAGUGAUCGCACGCACAUCCUCCGAUCCGCGAGGAUGAUUGAGACAAUGCAUGUGACGUAUGAUCACCGGACACAUACAACUAAGAGUAAUCGAUCAGUGUGGCUAGCUCUCGAUCCAUUUCUUGGCAUCGAUCGAGACUAGCAGGAGGAGAGAUCACCGAUGUCAGAAUGAGUUGUUGAAUAGAUUGAUGUUAUGAAGCAAGUGAUGGGAUGAUCCAGUUUGAGUUAAGAUGAGGAGGAAUGAGCCAUGAAUGAUUGGAGCACGUUGGAUGGGUCAUGUGUCGGUCUAGGUAGAUUUUAAUUUGGAUUAUUCAAGUAGUAAGCUUUUCUUUCUUUCUCUUAUUAUUUAUUUUUACCUUGAUCACUAUUUUUCUGUUUAAUAUUAUAUAUAGGUGAUUACAUUUGUGAGGCAGUGGUGAUAUUAUUGUGUAUAGGAUUGUGGUACCUUGCGAGUACCAAGAAGUUUCGCACUUUGAAAUCUUGCAAUUCUCUCCAUUUUUUC